UCAUAAAAAUAUGUCUGAAAUCCGGUCCGAUCACUGUCCCUCUCUGACACUAGCACACUCACGGUGCACUAAAGCCGAGCCAACAAGCAAGGCUCUCUCUCUCUCUCUCUCGAGCUCCGAGAGAAGCGUUUUUGGGUAGGGAGAUAGGAGAGACGUUAAUCUCUAGAUUCCUAGACCAAGAACGGUUUACUUCAUUACCACUCAUAGGUAAAAGAGUAAAGUAGAAACAGAACUUUGGGCAUUAUCGUUGGAGAGUUGGAGGCUCUGUUUUGCACAGCAAUGGCUAGAGGAUUCAAGCUUAUCUUUGCUAUGUCACUGUUGCUUACACUUCUGGUAUUUUGCAGGGGAAGCAUAGUAGGAGUUUGCUAUGGAAGAAAUGCGGAUGACAUUCCAACACCUGAUAAAGCCGCGCAGCUUGUUCAACAGCAUAACAUUAAAUAUUUGAGGAUUUAUGAUUCAAAUAUUCAGGUUCUAAAGGCCUUUGCAAACACUGGAGUUGAACUUAUGGUUGGUGUUCCAAACUCAGACUUAUUGGCAUUGUCCCAAUUUCAAUCCAAUGCUGAUUCAUGGUUGAAGAAUAGCAUUCUUCCUUACUAUCCUGCUACAAAGAUCACAUAUAUAACUGUUGGAGCUGAAGUCACAGAGAGCCCCAAUAAUGCCUCUGCCCAAGUUGUACCUGCCAUGCAUAAUGUCCUCACAGCUUUGAAGAAGGUUGGUUUGCAUAAAAAGAUUAAAGUUUCAAGCACCCAUUCCCUUGGGAUUUUGUCUCGUUCAUUUCCACCGUCUGCUGGGGCUUUUAAUAGCAGCUAUGCAUUUUUUCUGAAGCCCAUGUUGGAAUUCCUUGCUGAAAAUCAGUCUCCUUUUUUGAUUAAUAUUUAUCCUUACUAUGCUUAUAGAGAUUCUCCUAACAAUGUGUCUUUGGAUUAUGCUCUAUUUGAGUCAUCCUCAGAAGUGAUAGAUCCAAACACUGGUUUGCUGUACACAAACAUGUUCGAUGCUCAGAUUGAUGCCCUCUAUUUUGCUCUGAUGGCUCUGAAUUUUAGAACAAUUAACCUUAUGGUCACUGAGACAGGUUGGCCAUCCAAAGGGUCACCGAAGGAGACAGCUGCUACUCCUGAUAAUGCCCAGACCUAUAACACCAAUUUGAUUCGCCAUGUCAUCAGUAACUCAGGUACUCCUGCAAAGCCUGGAGAAGAGCUAGAUAUUUAUAUCUUCUCAUUGUUCAAUGAGAACAGGAAGCCUGGUUUGGAAUCAGAAAGGAACUGGGGUUUAUUUUAUCCAGACCAGACAAGUGUUUACAGUUUGGAUUUUACAGGAAGAGGUGUUGUUGAUGUGCACAAAAAUACCACUUUUUCCGGUUUCAAUGGAACAUCAUGGUGCAUUGCUUCAAGUAAUGCUUCUCAACUUGACUUGCAGAGUGCCUUAGAUUGGGCAUGUGGUCCUGGGAAUGUGGAUUGUUCUGCCAUUCAACCUAGCCAGCCUUGUUUUGAGCCAGAUACUCUACUUUCACAUGCAUCCUAUGCAUUCAAUAGUUACUACCACCAAAACGGGGCUAGUGAUGUUGCUUGCAGUUUUGGUGGGGUGGGAAUUAAAGUUGACAAGGAUCCAAGCUAUGAUAAUUGCUUGUAUAUGACCACUGGGACCAACAACAAAACUGCAACAAGUAACACGACGGCAAUGGCUUCAACUUCUCACUCCUCAUCAUCACAGGAUAAAGUUUUUGAGGACAUAUGGAUGAGAUUUUUCCUUAGAUUGAACAAGAAUGCGCAACUAGCAUGGAGAUAUCUGCCUGCUAUUAGUUUUGUACAAUAUUUUAGUAGGUGUUAGGAAAUGGCAUGCAAUACUAAUCCAUCGCUGUGAUGAGAUUUAGAGUUUACAUCCGUCUCUAUAUGUCAGUUGUUUGGCUUUUAUGUUCAUGUGCUAUUGAAAUUGCGAGUACAAAUGUACAAUCUUUUAAGAUGUCAACUAUGACUGCAAAAAUUUUCCGGGGUGAGAAGACAUGGAGAAAAUUAUCUUCCUAAGUAGAGUUUGGAACUUCAUUGAUUGCCUUCUUUUAGUGUACCUAUCUCUUGAUCGCUUUCUUUAAGUAUGCACCAAGUAAAUGGGAGUUCCUCUUCAUCA